CGGAACCCUUCUUGCAAGCACAUUUGUUCAUACGACGAACCAAGGCCUUACGGAAUAACCCGACAUUUGCCUACUGAUUCAAACACAUGUAAAGAUGGCGGACGUUUUGCUUGUAAAGGAAGAUGGUGAUGAAUUCGAGGUCGACGAGGAGGGAGAUCAGGGUUUGCUGAAGCUGAAAGAAAAGGCAAAGAAGAGAAAAGGACGAGGAUUCGGUUCAGAUGGCCCAACACGGAGUGGCGUCGAGUCGUUUGAGGCGAUGGAAGUGGAUGAGACUGAUGGACCAGGACCUCAGAGAUCGGUGGAGGGCUGGAUUCUGUUUGUGACGGGGGUGCAUGAAGAGGCCCAGGAGGAUGACAUCUAUGACAAGUUCGCUGAAUAUGGAGAAAUCAAGAAUCUUCACCUCAACUUAGAUCGAAGAACAGGAUUUCUUAAAGGCUAUGCGCUGGUGGAGUACGAGACAUUUAAGGAGGCAGAGAAAGCAAUGGAAGCACUGAAUGGUACCGAGAUCCUGGGGCAGUCUAUCAGCGUUGACUGGUGUUUCGUCAGGGGCCCAAGAAAGAACAAAGGCAGAAAAGAUGACCGGAGACGACGCUGACAUGUCCUGCAUUCAUCAUAAUUAUCAUUAUUGCCGUACCUUGUACAGAAAGCUGUGUAUAUUGUUUGUAAAACCCAUCUCAUGGCUGAAAGUCAAAUGAACUUGCAACAAACAUUUAGUAUGUCUUUGAAUAUCAGCAUUACGAGGCAUGACUGUAUUUGGACUCAAGAUGGAAAAGUUAAUUGCAGAAACAGUUAUUGUGAAUGAUAGUGUAGAAUCCUACAAAACCUCUUGCCUACUAGCCAGAUUUAUUUACUCGUUUAUGAGAUCCCAUCAUUUUCAUUAUUAUUUCUCUCUUCUGGCUUAAGUCACAGAUGUAUCACACAGAUGCUGCAUCAGUAGGCUGUAGAGUGUAAGAUAUUGUUGUAAGUCUGUCUCGUACACAUACAUUCAGUAGGAUGGGCUGCUGAUGCUUUACUCAUUGUAUGUCAUCAUUUCAUGUACUUUAUGUGUAGUACUGCCAUGGUUUUAUGUUCAUUUUACCAUUAUAAUAAAUAGUGAUAAACAUG